AUGUUAUAAGAAACUUUUAAUAAAAAUUACUAAUUACGCAUUCGGAAAUCCUUACCCAAAUAACUGCCAAAACCAUCUUUUGUUCCAAUUAUUGAAAGAAAUUAUUAACUCUCAAAGAUCAAUCAGAAUUACUAAUUUCCUCGAACUGAUACUUCUUUAGAUUCUUGUGAUGAAAUGGAAAUUUAUGGUGUUUAUGAUUUAAAUUAGUAGAACAAUAAGAAAAUUAAAUUCAACAAACAUCUUAGUGUUUUAGAUGUCUAAAUUCCUAUAUAGAAGAGAAGACUUAAAACAUAACAUGAGGACAAUAAUUAAAAACCAAUAAAUUUAUCUCUUAAUAUUCAACGAAUAAAGACAGAGGUUUCUUAAGAUAAUAUCUCAAUUAAAUUGCCUUCACUUAAAUUUAGAUCUAAAAAAAAUGUAUUACAACUAAGAUCAAUUUCAAAUACAAUAUGUCAUCAGUGA